AUCUCAACUCCGCAUCGUUGCGCCAGACAUUUUAGAAGCCGAUACUCCAACGGCUGCACCAAUUCGAAGAUCCAUCACCCUAGCAAGGCUUUCUGAGGGCAGUUCGCAUUAUUCCUAUCUAUGGGCACAUAUCCGUACAGAUGACCGCCGGGCUGAUGCGGAGGUUUUCAUCGUCCACCCGCAUCCGAUCUCCUCAUUUUUCACUUCAAUUCUCAUCGCACCACCUCACUGCGCCGAGGCUGCUGGGCCUGAAGCAGUAUCAGAGAACCAUCGCCGACUUGCGCCCACGACAGGCUGCCAUCUCUAGGACAUGGUUUACAAGCACGACAGCUUGCCCGCACCCUGAAUCGCAGACUAGCGAUCAUCCACAGCCCGACGAGCGGACGCUGAAGUUGGGAAAGACCAUACGAAUACUCCACGACCGGCUUCCAACGCUGCUGGCAUCCCCACUGCCGCAAGAGAUCCUGUCACCCCAAAUUACCCUCCACCUUUUCCCUUCAACUCAUCCGCACCUCCCUACCGUAAGCGGCCGGCUGGGCUAUACGGCGGCUUUGUGGACCGCUCCUGUUGCGUGGGGCAGGGUCCCGGUAGUGGGCAAUGUGAAGCUCAUGAUCCUAUCCGAACGCAUGGUGAAGAAUGGUGGCACGUCCACACCAGCACACCUACAUCACGAGAAGCUGAUUGUCAAGUGGAAGACGUGCGGGAAGGCAGACAAGAAACAGAAUGGACCAGCCAGUGAGGCAGUUGAGAAGAUCACCAAGAUUGUGAGGAGUUCCGCUAAGGAGGAUGAGGAAUUCUCGGGGCUAUUUCUGUUCGAAUUUGACGAAGAAGGACGGAUUGUCAGCCACACAAUCGAAAAUGUUGAAGAGGGAGGCAGUUGGGAUAGGACAGCAAAGGUCAUCAGUGUCACUGACUGGCUGCUGGGCCGCGCAUGGGGUCGUAGGGGAGAGGAAGGCUCCCCUGGCCUAGCUUAUGCAAAGAACGAGAGGCCAGAUGCGGCCAGACGUCGUGAGGGGAGCUGUUGAGGGGAAGCGAGGCGAGGCUUCGGUGCGACUUGGGUUCUCUCAUUAUUCCUGGAUUGCAUCUUGUCACCUAACAUGGGACAUGGCAGCGUACUUUAAGACAGAAAUCCACAUCCUACUAGCGCUCACCUUUAUUCCAGCAAGAUGCUUAACAGAUAGACUGCACUCUAGUCAUUUCCCACGUUUC